AUUAAUUACAUCUAUUUUAUAUUUUUUAAUUUAUUUUGUAAUUUUUAAUUUUUGUUUUAUUUAUUACACUUGUUAUUUUAUUUAUUACGCUUACUGCUGGGACGUGUUAACGCGAUGUGAAAUUGAAGAAACGCUUGUUGGUUUCUUGACCCAUGCGCCUCAGUAAAACGCGACCUGCCUCAGCGCGCCAUAAUGUCAUGCCCAUAUUUGGCUCGCACUAGGCUAGCACCAGUAGCGCAUGUGCCGUCAGGGCUGGUCAGUGCUGGUCACACUUUGCUGCGCACUCGUUCGGAAUCUGCUCAUUCGUUUACUAACGCAUUGCAAGGUCGUCAGGGAUUGCAGUCGGCACUCCUCGUCUCGUCAAAAAAAAUCAUCACAAUCACUUUGUAUGAUUCCCGAGCGGUCGCAAGUAUGGAGGACGCCGUGCAAGAGCUGAGCUCCGCCCUAUUGCGAGAAGAACUGUCGUCGGCGAUUGAAUCGUCUCUCUGCAGCUUGUUCGCUAGCUCGGUCGUCGUUUUCCAGAGCGGGUACGAGUGCGGUGAGAACUUGGAGUGUACGAACGUUUGUGCUCGAGUGGGAGACUCCAAGUUGCCAUUGAAAGGCGUGGCCAGCGAGUGCUACGAGGGCGGCAGUUAUGUGCUGAAGCGUUGGCGAGAAUUGGUCGACGAGAGUGAUCCUCUUGUGCAAUUCCUUCCGGAGAGUGUCGGUAGUGAUGGAGCUGUUGUCAUUUGUCUAUCUAUGGAAGCACCAAUCGAGCUCCAAAUAAAUUUAGGGAACAGCAUGGAAUUGGUCAUAGCAAUGUUGUGUGAAAAGCCGUUGAGUGCCGACGAAGAUAAGCAAAUGAAUCAGUUGAGGAAGCAUAUACAAUCUGCAUUAGUUCGAGUGUUGAAGUACACUAGUUUAUUAACAGAGCGAGACAGUCUCAAUGGAAUGCUCAAGAUGUGCAGUGAGCUAAUUGAUCAGAAUGCGGCUCUACUCACCAAGAAAAUAUUGGGUCAUCUGAAGCGGGAGACUGGCUGUGGAUGUUGCACCUUAUUAGUCAUUGAUAAACAAACAGAAGAAUUCGUCUGUCAGGUUUUUAAUGUGGAAGAGCUUGAUCAGGAGUAUAGAUUUCCAUUGGAAGGUUGCCUCUAUGGACAUGUCGCUAACACCGGACAAAUCAUUAACAUUCCGGACGUAUCAUCACAGACCUCCUUUCCAAAGUUUGUUUCAGAACGGGACGUUAUUUUCGAUUACUUUCCUCAAUCUCUGCUGUGCAUGCCCGUUUACAGCAAGACCGAUCCGAGCUUUGUCAUGGCCGUGGCCGUUGUCUACGACAAACGAAGCAGAAGUCGCUUCACUGUACGAGACGAGACUAAGAUGGCAUUUGUACUACGAUUUUGUUCGUCUGUACUCCAUAACACAUUAUCAUACCAGAGAGAACGAUACUUGAAGUCACAAACGAUGGCUCUUCUUGAUGUGGUUGAGGUGUUGUUUGUUCAUAUGGACAAUAUGGACUUGCUGUUACAGAAGAUUAUGGAGCAGGCACAGAACAUUGCAAAUGCUGAAAGGUGUUCGCUGUUCCUCAUAGAUUACGAUGCACAAGAGUUGGUGGCCAAAAUAUUUGAUUCUACGGUGUCUGACAAUGACCAACCAAGUACGGAGAUCCGCUUUCCACUGACUCAAGGGAUUGCCGGCUACGUGGCGACCACAGGAGACGUUCUCAACAUCCGUGACGCAUACACGCAUCCUCUUUUCUACAAAGACGUCGACCUUUCAACCGGUUUCACAACAAGAAAUAUCUUGUGCUUCCCGAUCAAGAACGAAGACGGUCAGACAGUAGGCGUUGCAGAGCUGUGCAACAAAAUUGAUGGUGACUAUUUCACUCACGAGGACGUAAACCUGGCCGUGCAGUUCUCCGCGUAUUGCGCGAUCAGUAUUCACCAAUCGAUGCUGUACAAGGAAGUGACCGAAGCGCAACACAGAAGUCGAUUGGCGAAUGAGUUGAUGCUCUAUCACAUGCAAGUGGAAGAGUCAGAGGUAAAGUCGGUGUCUACGGAAAAGAUUCAGGCACCCGAAGAGGUGGGCACAAUGUUUCAUCGAUGCAGUUUCUUGCCGAGAUCGAUAGUCGAAGACGAAACGUCGUCGGCUUGUAUGACGAUGUUCCAGGAUAUGGGACUCAUCAAGCAGUGGAGGAUACCAACAGAUGUGUUGGCUCGGUUCUUGCUCAUGGUGAAGCACGGCUAUCGGAAUCCGCCAUAUCACAACUGGAUGCACGCGUUCUCGGUCGGUCACUUCUGUUAUGCUCUCUACAAGACAUGCAACGACUUUGAAUUUCUCAAAAAUCUCGAGAUACUGUCGUUGAUGGUCGCGACUUUAUGUCAUGAUCUUGAUCAUCGAGGCACGAACAACGCGUUCCAAGUUUCUGCGAAGUCUCCGAUUGCUGCGCUGUAUAGUUCGGAGGGUUCGGUCAUGGAGAGACAUCACUUUUCACAGACUCUGUGCAUUCUCAACGCUGACGGAUGCAAUAUCUUUCAGAAUCUAAGUCAUGCGCAAUAUAGUGAAGUUCUGGAUUUGAUUCGAGAUGCUAUCCUCGCUACUGACCUUAGUCAUCAUCUUCGGAUAGUGUCACACUUGGAGGCAAUGUGUGAAGUCGGAUACAACAUCCGUAGUUCCGAACACAGACAUCUGAUGAUGUGUCUCCUCAUGACAUCAUGCGAUCUCUGUGCUUGCACCAAAACAUGGCACGCAGCGAAAUCAGUGGCCGAUCUUAUAUAUGCCGAAUUCUUUAGCCAAGGCGAUCUGGAGAGAGCACUCGGUGUACAGCCAUUAGAGAUGAUGGACCGGGAACGAGCUUGCAUUCCUGAACUCCAACUGAACUUCCUUGAUUUUAUUGUCAUUCCAGCAUAUAGGUUAUUAGGCAGGCUGUUACCUGAGACGAGCGAUGUGCUUGAACGGACUCUCGAUGGACGUGAACGCUGGCGUCUAAUGACCGAAGAGAUCAAACGAGAGAAAGGACUCUCUGUUCUCAACUCUACAGCCAAAAAACAAGCAGAGAAAGUACGACGGACUUCUAUUAGAAAUCGGCCCUCACGAAGUAGUCUCACUCGAGAGAACAGUUUGCCAGAAAGUUUGCCUGAAGAGAGUCACAAGGACGACGAUGACGACAAAGAGUUGAGCAUGAGUAUGGGCAAGAUGUCGUCGGCGUCCGAUCCCGGCCCGUCAUCAGUCUCCUCACCACAUCUACAGAUACCGGAGAGGAAAGUUGCGACCGUGAUCACUCCGACUCUUGUGUUGCCGUUCAGUGCAUCGGAAGGCGAGGCGGCGAUCAAUGGCGACCAUCUCGUGCUCGAGUUGGAAUUACGAAAGAAGUCGUCGUCGUCAAGUUCGUGUUCACGAAAUUCGACGUCGGACUUUUUAUCGGGACAAGCUUCAUGUGUCUCUCCAGUCCAAAGAGUCUCGACCGGCAGCGAAGCAUCCGAUGGUGGGACUUCGCUUACAGCCAUGUAGUUAGUUAGUUGGUUACAGAUCGAAGAACUUGGGCACAGUCGAUGAGAUCGACUAGUUUUGAUGUAUAGUACAUACAUACAUACAUACAUACACACACACAUACAUACAUACAGCAAGGCAGGUGAUCUGUAACUCAUGAUGUUAUGUUGUGGAAUGCGAUCGAUGAAUAGAGUUUAUACUGUACGAAAUACAGUGGAGAGUAUACACAGACGAUGAAUGAGAAUGAUGUAUGUUC